AUGAUGGAUCAGUCCUCCAUGAUUGCCCAUGCUGGAUCACUUGGAAAUGGAAUUAGCGGAACCAGCGGGAGCUAUUACGGGUCUCUUACUUCGCAGUUCCUCAUCGGCAUCUUCAACCAAGCCAUCCACGAGGACUUGAAUCUCGAGAACAUUGCCAGAGAAACCAGAGCCUGCAAAAUAGACUUUGGAUUCUGUGCCACGGUCAGCGGUCCUACGGCUAGCAUCCAUGUCGAUGUUGAUGGGAAACCUACAGCGACGUACAACACCACCCAGGCUAACAUUGUAGCCUGGCAUGCUGCUCAAAAGCGACGGCCGCAAAGUCUCAUCAUGGCUGAAGUAAACACUGUAGCUGAGAGUUCAUAUGGGCUGCAAUCUCUGAUUGACAAGCUACCCGGGCUCGCAAAGUCUAUCGACUGGGAUGCUCCAGCUGAUGGCGGAAAAGCGGCGACAGCUGAAUGGAUUGGCUCUGUUGAGUGGCCAUUUCCCCCCACCUCCCCGAGCACCGUCGCCGCAGUUGCCGCUAUUGCCAGUCAUUUGAUUGCUAGAGGCUACUCCUUGAGCUAUGAAGCUCGCGAGAGCGGUGAUGGCGACGGCUGCAGAACGAUCAUCAUGUUCUCCUUCGGUUCGACUGGCAAAGGAGUCCCCGAGGGAUUCGAUGCCUCCAAAGAUUGGGCGAGCGCUGUGGGGACACUUGAUCAGGAAGGCCCGUUCAGUUUAGUCAACAUGGGCUUGCUCAGACGAAACUCCGAAGUCAUUGAGUCUUGCAUGUCAAAGAGACGUUUGUCUCUAGGGGAGUUCAGAGACGCCCUGAAUGCUGAUGUCGAUGCCAGCACAAGUAUCAAGAUGCCCGUUGAGUCUGAUAGCGGCGCGGAUGUAGAACUACAAAAGAGCUCGGUAGCGAUGCUUGAAGAAGUAGCAAGACAAUUGACAGGACCUUUCAGCUUCCAGACUCUCUUGCGCACAAUAGCUCGGCCUACCAUGAAAGCCUUCCGUUUCCUCGGCCCCGACAAGGGCCUUGCCCUCCAAGAUGUCCCCAUUCCAUCUCCGGGCCCCGAACAGGCCCUCAUCCGCGUCAAAGCCGCCGGGCUCUGCCACUCCGACACCCACGUCCUCUACGGCGGCGGCGCAGCGUGGAUGUGCGCGCUGUCCGUGACUUUGGGCCAUGAGGUCUCUGGUAUCAUUACUGAGCUAGGCGACUCUUCAUUCACAUCAUUCAAAGUCGAUGACAGGGUAGCUGUUGCCUGUGUAGGCCAUCCAAUCCAAGAGAGGAAUUUCCACGAAGCUCUAGGUGUCGGCUGCGACGGUGGAUACGCCGAAUAUGCUGUCGCUCCCAUCAAGAAUCUUGUCAAGAUCCCAGAUCAAGUGGGGUUUGCCGAGGCUGCUGUGGCUACGGAUUCCGUUGCUACUGCCUACCACGCCGUCGUCACGGAGGGUCGAGUAUCUGCAUCGCACACGGUUGCUGUCAUUGGUCUAGGCGGUUUGGGGUUGAACGGACUAGCGAUUGCGGCACACCGUGGUGCUAGAGUCUUUGGCGUCGACAUCAACACGAACAAGUUUGAACAGGCCAAGGAAUCCGGUGCUGUCGACUGUGCCACAGACUUGAGCACGUUCUCAGGCGAAAUAUUCGAUGUUAUCUUGGACUUUGCAGGAGCGCAGAAGACGGUUGAGACUGCGAUAUCAUCGGUGAGGCCUGGCGGGUGUGUGGUGUUGGUGGGGCUUGCGGCACAGAGCGUGCAAAUCACGACGACGGCGAUUGUCACGCAGAAUGUCUCGCUCAAGGGCUCGACGAGCGCUAGCAUUCAAGAGUUUACAGAAGUGUUGGAUUUGAUCGCAUCAGGGUCGAUAAGACCGUUCGUGAAGGAGAUUCCGUUCGAGGAUGUCGGCAAGGGGCUCGAAUUAUUGGGUACUGGGAAUGUUAACGGACGUUUGUACACUGUCCCUUAA